AUGACGUCGCUGGGCAAUCUUAACCUGCGCUUCACUAAGGUGUCCGGCACGCUGCCUGCCCAGUGGAGCUCGAUGAAGCAGCUGACCCUUCUGCAUCUGGAGGGCACUAAGGUCUUCGGCACGCUGCCUGCCCAGUGGAGCUCGAUGACGUCGCUGGGCAAUCUUAACCUGCGCUUCACUGCGGUCUCCGGCACGCUGCCUGCCCAGUGGAGUGGGAUGACGAGUGCGGAGGCCCUGCAGCUGGAGUACUGCGGUCUGUCCGGUUGUCUGCCCCCCGAGUGGUCUGCGAUGCCGAAGCUGCGUAUCGUCUCACUGAGCGGCAACCACUUUAGCGGGUGUGUGCCCGACUCGUGGGUCAAGAAGCCUGGCCUCGUUGUGACCAUAGAGGACGAGCACAAGGGCAGCAACUGUGUAUCUGAUAAUCUCUGCGACACAACCACUGAGCCGCCCACUGCGCCCACCACCACCGGCACCCCAGCAGCCUCCUCUACUCCUUCUCCAGGGUCGGGGUGCGAGGUGGAUGGGUGUGAGGUGUGCGAGGGGGACUCCGCUGCGCGGUGCGCCAGGUGCCGUGAGGGCUACUCCCUGACGGACGAGAAGACGUGCCUGGCGCACCACGAUGGCGGCGUGGCGGCGGCGUCGAGCGGAGCGGUGGCUGCCGCUGCUGUGUGGGCGGCUGUGCUGUUGAGCGUGGGGCUGGCGGCGUGA